UCUUAACAACGUCUACUGUACAAGACAACAGACAAUUUAGUUGAAUCUUAAAGGACUAUUUAUCGAAAUUCAAAGUUAAAUCGGAUACCACGCAGAUUAUAAUUAGCCAUGGAAAGUUUUAUUUCCAACAACACCCAACACAAUACAACAUCUCCGGAUGAGAACUGGACUUCAGUGUACUCAAUAGUGCGAUGGAUUCAACUGGUCAUGGCAAUUCUGAGCAUGCUGGGUGCCGGCUCUAUCAUUCUGUACACGUUUUUCCAGAAUCUGAUGACAAAACCCGAGGUGAAGCCCUUGGUCCUGCUGAGUGUGACCGACCUGCUGCUGGCUCUGAGCUGGCUCACCGGGGCCUUCCUCUUCAGCCAGGGCUGUGAGAGCAGCGCCACCUGCUACAACCUCCACACGGUGGAACAGGUGUUGUACAUGGCGUCGUUCUUCUACACUCUAAACUACGUGGGAGCCCUGUAUACUGGCCUGAAGAGAAACUAUGACAGGCGAAGAAAUGGAUUUCCCGCCCAGAGUGCAGCCAGUUCCAACUCAUUCAGCAUUAUGACUGCUGUUGUUUCAUGCGUGCUGCCUGUCCUGCUAACAACUCCAGUGUUCGUCACUGGCAACAUGAACCGCUGUUACACAAACUACACCAAACCCUACAGGUGUCUGCUGAUGCACACCGACGCGCUCUACCUGAGCUCUGGGCUGGAGGGGGAGGAUGUGGCCACUGCCUGCAAGUUCACCCGCGUGUACAGCACUGCCAUCUUCCUCGCUACCUUCCUCAUCACAUUGCUGGGCAUCGUGGUGCUCAUGGCCAACGCUCGUUCCCUGUACAAGCGCUUUGUCACUUGUAAUGGUUUCCUUGGCGACCAGCAGUGGGCCACCCUGAGAGUGCUGAAGGGCCGCAUGCUCCUCUACCCCACCGCAUUCUUCUGCUGCUGGGGCCCAGCAACCUUCUUGGCCACCAUGAUGCUUAUUAAGCCAGACGCUGUAGAGGGAGGCGUGGGAGUCUUCCUUUACAUCUUACAGACUUUCACCUCCGCCUCUCAGGGCCUGCUGAACUGUUUGGUGUACGGCUGGACGCAGAAGCACUUCCGCUCCAUGCACACCGGGAACAGACAGGACGCGAACACUCAGACUCCCCUCUUGCGCUCGCAGAAGACGAGAGGUUACUCUACCCUGUGCAAUGUGGACAGCUUCCGGGACGUGUGAGACUGCUGACCACACUCACGUCUGUGGGACUGAAAGGAAAGGGACUCCCAGGCAAGUGGUCUAGCUGUCAUUCGGACACAACAGUAGUAUAGCAAUGCUGUUGUGUGACUCCAGUGUCGACAGCCAUUCCACACAUGGAGAAAGAUAUAAAUGUUCAAGGCUAUGUGAAGCUUUGUGCAGUUGAGUGAAAAGGGCCGUUUGUGUCUCUGGGGGGCACAACUUGGUCCGUGUGAUGUAGCACAACCGAAGUUAGAGGCAGCUGCUGAGAGCUCUUUUUUACUCACGGCUGUUUAGCAGUUUAGACUGCCUGACUGCCAUAGCGAAACUACAGCAAUUAGAAGUUCAGAGAAAGGACCAGUCAGAGGGGAAAAAGGGGAAAACCACAGACAGCCACAGACAGCCACACACACACACACACACACACAAGGGAAAUUUUGUCUUGAAAUGAACUGAGAAAAAUGCUGCUGAACAUGAAUGUUGCAGUCCGUGUUAAUGUGCUUAAAUGUGUAUUAAUGUAAAUUGUACAUACUUCAAAAUGGUGUAAAUUAAAAUGUUGUACAUUUUGUGUGUCAUUACAUUUCUAGUUGUUCAUGUUGCUUUGUUUAAUUGUCGAUGUUUUUUUAGAAACACAUUUUGCACAAAAUAGUUGGCAUCUCUAUGAUGUAAAUUUACUAAAUAGCCUACAGUGCAUUGAAUUCAUUUUGUUAAUGUAUUUAAAAUGUUUGUAUAUUUUUUGUAGUUUAUAUUAGCACUCAACUUGACUACCAAAAUAAACAUGUUUACAACA